GAGGCGUGACGUACAUCCGGCGAGUAGCUGGCGGUCCCGGGUGCUGCUGGUCCGUGUGCCGUGAGAGAGGGUCUUAGCCGCCCGCCGCUGCCGGAGGAGCCCCGCCGGGUUGUAGUAAGCAUUAAUAAUGUCUUUCAUCUUCGAGUGGAUCUACAAUGGCUUCAGCAGUGUGCUCCAGUUCCUAGGACUCUACAAGAAAUCUGGAAAACUUGUAUUCUUGGGUUUGGACAAUGCAGGAAAAACCACUCUUCUUCACAUGCUCAAAGAUGACAGAUUGGGCCAACACGUUCCAACACUGCAUCCGACAUCAGAAGAGCUGACAAUUGCUGGAAUGACUUUUACAACUUUUGAUCUUGGUGGGCAUGAGCAAGCACGACGGGUUUGGAAAAAUUAUCUCCCAGCAAUUAAUGGGAUUGUCUUUCUGGUGGACUGUGCUGAUCAUUCUCGCCUCAUGGAAUCCAAAGUUGAGCUUAAUGCUUUAAUGACUGACGAAACAAUAUCCAAUGUGCCAAUCCUUAUUUUGGGUAACAAAAUUGACAGAACAGAUGCAAUCAGUGAAGAAAAACUCCGUGAGAUAUUUGGGCUUUAUGGACAGACCACAGGAAAGGGGAAUGUGACCCUGAAGGAGCUGAAUGCCCGCCCUAUGGAAGUGUUCAUGUGCAGUGUGCUCAAGAGGCAAGGCUACGGCGAGGGUUUCCGCUGGCUCUCCCAGUACAUUGACUGAUGUUUGGACAGUGAAAAUAAAAGAGCUUUACUUCUCUGGACUGAUCCUAUUCACAGCUUCCUCACGAACUUUUCUAAUACAACAAGGAAAGCUCUCCAACCAAGUCUGGCGUUGAGAAGCCAAGAGUCUUUGUCAACUCUCUCAUCGCCCAGUGGUGACAUGUGCUCUUCUCCACACUGUUGGGAGGUAACGCUGCCCCAUGUGCUGGUGCAGGUCAGGAUCCCGGGACUUGGCAGCUGGCAGAAUUUGCCGGGUAAAACUGUGUGCCAUCAUGGGGCACCUGAAAAGAAAAACACGUCUCACCACUGUGGUUGAUUUCAAAGAAAGUGAUUCUAUUUUUUAAAGGAAGUGUUGUUAAUGUAAUUGGUAUCCCUCUUAAUUUUUGAGUUCACAAGUUACUUGGUCCAGAGUUUUCUAUUCUUUUUUUUUUUUUUAACUAAUGAGUGGUAUUUAGAUACUUCAUAAAUUUAUGGACAGAUACACAUUGGAGGCCAUGGCUCAGGUGGGUGAACUUAACUCCUGCUGAGUUAGCAAGUUGGGGAGAGAAGCUCCCCUGAGCUCACCUGUCUCUACGACUGCCUAGUAGGUGGCGUCACCUUGUGCACAGAGAGCUAGAAAAGGGGCAGAACCCUGGCCUUGCAGUUGCAGGUUUCCACUGUGGUAAGCUCCUCACAGAAUGUGUAGUAGAUUGGUCACUGUGGAGGGGUUAAUUACAGAGGGAGUUAUUAUUAUUUUUACCUAUAAAGUUAUAAAUUUCAGCCAGUCUUUGCUUUUAUACUGUUGUGAAAUUUCAUUUCUCUAUAGCACCUUCUUUUUUCAUUUUGAAUUAUAAAAAGUGACUUUCACCUCAUGAAAGAGUUGAGACCAUCUCUUAUGUUGUCACAUACUGCAGGUGUGUCUCAGUUACUUUUGCACAGAUUCUAGGGGGAAAUUUUUCUGAAUAGGAGGACAAAGGACAAAGUUAACAGCUUAAAGGCUCCUAAUUCUGUGAGUUGAGGACUUCAAAUGGGUUAUUGUAGUAAUUGUUUGAAUUUAGGAAAGGUUUACUCGAUGGGCUUUAAAAUUUCCACUUGCAGAAUUUAGUCUUGAUUUGGCUGUUCAUGAACUCUUUCUGAAAUCUUUUCUCCUUAUCAGUCACCUGUUUCAUUCAUUGGUGUUUAAAGUAAAAGUUAACAUCUGUAGCUUUUCCAGAUUUUUUUGCGGGGCGUGGUAUAAAAUUGCCUUUCUCCAUUUUAGAAAUAAGUUAGGAAAAACAUUAACUCAAAAACUGCCUGUAGAACUGUUCCUUUGGAGGCAGCAUCAUUUAUUGUCAGUGAACACCCAGUGUGAAAGCAUCAGCAUCCCCACUAGGGUGAUGAAGAUUAUUUUUAUAGCGUUCCAUUUUCUUAGUGCCAUGUGUGAAAUUGGAUUUUCAUGAUCUUAAUCUAUAUUCUACCCUUGUAGUAAAAGAUGAGAAGAUAGGAGAUGGUCUUAACAUGAGAGGAUAUCUUCAUUCCCUUUUCCUUUAAUAAAAGAUUAGAGGUAGUUUCCUCAAAAUUGAAAAUUGUAAUGAUGCUUAUUUGUGGAGGAUUGAACUAAAUUCAAUGGAUUCCUUUUUAAUGUGAGGUAGGGAAACUGUGGAUAACAUUACUGGGGUGAGAGUGUCAUUCUUUAGUUGGAUUUCUCAUUCUUAGUCUUCAGUACUGGCCUGUUGGGAAAGCAUACUUUUUCACUGCCAGGUCCUGAAUGCAGAGGCUCAAUGACGUGUAUGUCUGGGAAAUGCAUGCAUUUCAUUUAUUAGCAAGCAUGACUGGAUUAAGACAAAAUUAUUGGUUUGGAAAGGUGUUAAAGCCUUAAGUGAACAAAUCUAGCUAACCGUGAAUGAACUAGGUAGUUAACUUGCAUAUCUUUUUAUUUCCUCUGGUUAAAGGUUACUCAUACUUCUCUGUUCAGAGACAUGAGAAGUAUGAUUGCUUCAGUGUUAGUUUUCUUACUUUGUUUUUUCCCCUAUUUUUCCCUAAUCACUUUGUUGCAAGGUAGAAGACUAUGGGUUCUACAUAGGGCAGCUCUUGUGAAAGUGGUUUAUUCCACUGGAGAAAGAGGGAAUUGAAAAGUCAAUUAGCAUCAGUCUAUUUCUUGUCCCACAGAACACCAUUCUUAUAAUAAGAUAGCUGAAAGAAGCUGCUGUGAGGAGCUUAGCUCCAAACACAGGAUCAGAACCUUGUAUGGGAACUCCCAUGAGUUGAGACUUUCCAUUCUGUUUUAUCAGAGUGCAUAUGUCCUAUUUCAGGAAGAGUAAAACAGUCUUUAUGAAAGAAAGUCAAUCUGUAUUCUAAGCAUUUUAAUAAAAAGUUAAAACAGA